CGCCCCUCCCCCCAGGUUCCUGUGGGUUCAGGCUGCUGCUGAAGCUCUCAAACUGAACCUGCAGGAAGUCUUCAGUCUUCAUUAGAGGACCUGAGUGAGAGCAGCUUCAUUACCGGACUCCUGCUGCUGUCAGAUUUGAGGAAACUUCAUCUCUUCCCUUUCUUUGUCCUCCUUUCUCUCUUCUUCCUCCUUUUUGGGCUCUUCCUCCUGACUCCCCGCCUCUGUCUGCUCUCGGAGGAAACUUGCGGUUUUAUCUUCACACCAGCUGGUCAGUUCUACACCAGCUGAGGGCAGUGUGAUGUCCGUCUGAUGCUACAAUGAGUUCGUACACUCGUGGAGCUCCUACGGUUUUCUUCAUAAACUCACUGUGGUUGCUGUUGAGGCUGGUAUCGGCUGGGGUCCGAGCUGAUUCUGAUCCAGGGGGAUUUGUCCCAUUUUUGGGGGGUAACUAUGAUGGCCACCCCAUGCUGUAUUUCAGCCGUGAGGAUGUGGAAGGCCUGCAGGGGGUGGCACUGAGCUCGCACCGCCUGCUGGCCCAGGGGAUCCGCGAGGCUGCGGAGGAAAUGCUGGAGCGACCGGAGGACUACCUGCCCCCCUGGAGCCCCGCCCAGUUCAGCGCCCGCUGGAAUGAAAUCUACGGAAACAACCUGGGGCUCCUUGCCAUGUUCUGCCUGCUGUACCCGCACCGCACCGGAGCGCUGGACAUGGCCCGCGAGUACAUGGAGAGGAUGGCAGCUCAACCCAACUGGUUGGUAAAGGAUGCUCCGUGGGAUGAGGUACCGAUGGCCCACUCUCUGGUGGGCUUUGCCACAGCAUAUGACUUCCUGUUUGAGUACCUGAGCCGCUCUCAGCAGGAGCGCUUUCUGCAGGUGAUUGGGAACGCGUCCCGCUACAUGUACGAGAAAUCCUACCAUCGCGGCUGGGGCUUCCAGUACCUCCACAACCAUCAGCCCACCAAUUGCGUUGCCCUGCUGACCGGCUGCCUGGUGCUCAUGAACCAAGGAUACCUGCAGGACGCAUACCUGUGGACGAAGCAGGUGUUGUCCAUCAUGGAGAAGUCCCUGGUUCUGCUGCAGGAUGUGGUGGACGGUUCUCUGUAUGAAGGAGUAGCGUAUGGAUCCUACACCACACGUUCACUCUUCCAGUACAUCUUCCUGGUGCAGAGACAUUUCUCCAUCUCACACUUCCAGCACCCCUGGCUCCUCCAGCACUUCAGCUUCCUCUACAGGACACUGCUGCCUGGGUUCCAGCGGACUGUGGCCAUCGCUGACUCAAACUAUAACUGGUUUUAUGGACCAGAAAGCCAGCUAGUGUUUCUGGACCACUAUGUGCUGAGGAAUGGCAGUGGGAACUGGCUGGCAGAGAAGAUCCGAGAGAAUCGUGUGCAGGAUGGUCCAGGCCAGCCGGGACGAGGACAGAGAUGGAGCACAUUGCACACUGAGUUCAUAUGGUUUGAUCCUAGUCUGCGGCCCAUGCCCCCUCCAGAUUACGGUAUACCCCGACUGCAUUACUUUGAGGAUUGGGGUGUGGUGACCUACGGCAGCGCUCUUCCUGCACAGAGAAACCAUUCCUUCCUCUCCUUUAAGUCGGGUAAGCUGGGCGGCCGGGCCAUCUUCGACAUUGUUCAUCUGAAGAAGUACAGUGAGUGGAUCCGAGGCUGGAGAAACUUUAAUGCAGGUCAUGAACAUCCCGACCAAAACUCGUUCACCUUCACCCCUAGCGGUGUGCCCUUCAUCACCGAGGCACUGUACGGCCCCAAGUACACCUUCCUCAACAAUGCCCUCAUGUUCGGACCCUCUGGACACCAGAGCUGCUUUGCCCCUUGGGAAGGUCAGGUAACUGAGGCAUGCGACUCCAAGUGGCUGAAAUUUAAACAAGGUCAGGCGGCAGACUGCCAGGGCCACAUAGAGGCAGCCUUGGAGCAGCAGGGUUUGGUAUUUAUCCGUGGUGAAGCAAGGUCAGCCUACAGCCAGGAGUUGAAGGCCAGGAGCAUUCAGAGGAACCUUCUACUGCUACAGCCUGAGCUGCUGCUGGUGGUGGACCAUGUCCAUUUGCAGCCGGACAGUCCUGUCCGCAGAUACAGUGCCUUUUUCCACAACACUGAUACGCCCUUCCAACCUACAGCCAUGGACAAAAUCCAGGGAGCCUUUAUUCAGCACAGCCAGGACUCUUACAAGAUGUUUUGGCUGGAUGAUACAGGGAGCAGCGAAAAAGCAGCAACUGGCUAUUGGAGCUAUCCGCAUGGUUAUCCAUAUAACGGUUCUAAUUAUGUUAACGUCACAAUGCCGCUGAGAUACCCACACACUCGAGUGGCUUACAUCUUCUUUGGGCCUGAGGUUGAAGUCCAGAGCUUUAGCUUGCGUGGGGAUUCAGAAAGGAUUGAUGUUUAUCUGGCAACCCAUGAUCACACCUACACCGUUCAUUUGCUCACAGGAGAGGCACCCAGCAAGCCUUUGUUUGCAAUGGUGCUGGAGGACCAAAAGAAAAAGAUUGUGUUCGAAAGGGCAGCCACAAUACAGGAGCGCCCCCCGGUGGAGGUGGAGGAGUAUGUGAAUGCGGUGGAAGACAACCUCCAGCAUGUCAAGCCAGUGUUUCAGCAGCUGGAGCGCCACAUCCUAGCUAAAGUCCUGGACUCCGGAAAGUUCCAAAAGACAGACAAAAGGAAACCUGUGGUGUCAGUAAAGAAGAUCUUCAGUCUGUCGAAGAAAAAGAAAGAGAAGGGAGUUAAGAAAGGAGGCCUGGCAGAUGGCCCGCCGGACAUAUUCGCUUCGAUUGAAGUGAGAGAGAAGCGGCAGAGGCAGACCGUCAUGAAGCGAGGAGGUUAUGAGGAUGUUCCAGAAGAGAACGAUGGGGACUCGAGAGCUUUUAUCGACUACAGCGACAUGCGUAGAGUUCGGAAGGGGGGGGUCAUAAAAGGACGCAGAUUUAACGAGGUGCAGGCUGUAGCCACUGUGGGCAUGUCGCACUCAUCCAGCUCCACCUACAUCCGACUCUUCCUCAUCCUCAACAUCCUCACCUUCUUCCUGCUGCUGGCCGUGCUUCUGCUGCGGCUUCCGAAAGCCCAAACCCUCCACACCCAGCGCUGCGUCUACUGCCUCCUGCUGAUGGACAGCUUCAUCCUGCUGUGCCUCUAUUCCUCCUGCUCUCAGAGCCAGUGCUGACAUCAUCAGCUCGGGAUGUUUUUGGAUAGACGGACAGAUGAACUUUGUCUACUUGAGUGGAAGUUCCUUUUUGGUUCCCUGGCGAAGCUUUGGGGACUCUGUUUUUGGGGUAACUGCUGUGAAAAGUGUAGGGCUUCCAGUUGAACGUCUCUGUUUGGCGUGAUAUUUUCAGGAAAUAACUGUCAAAUAGUAAUUUUCUAAUUCAUAAGCCAUUAAAAUAAAAACAAUCACAUCACGCCUACAUUUUAAACGCAUAUCGAACACAGUGUUUUUAGCUUUGGAAAAAUCUCAGUUUACAAAAGUGAACCAAACACCAUGAAAGUGUUAAAUGCAUCUUGUUUUUUGAAUGAGAAAAAUAUUGCAGGGCACAAUGACAUCAUUCACUAAGUAUAAAAGUCUGAGAGGGAAUAUGGUUGGGAAUCUGAAUGAGUUUAUGAGCUGAUGCUUUGUGUUUAUUUACCAGCUUCACUUUCUUAGUAUGAAGAGCAGUUUUUAAAUAAUGAUUUGUCAGUUUUCUCAUACAAACUGUUGUUAAAAGCUAAAAUUGAUCUUCUUUUGGUCUAAAGGUGGUUCAAAUACCUGAAAAGUUUGAGUGCUGACAUUACAACAGGGGGGUAAAGUGAGCGUGGCCUCAUUCCCAAUGUAGCAGUGUCACUAUUGACACAAAUAUUUAAUGUGUGAUAUUGUUUUAAUCUAAAUAAACCAGAUUAGGCUUUAAUUUGGUCAGUUAUGGUAAAAUGAUGUAGAAGAGGAUCAGUGUUAGGCUUUCAGCAGACGUUUUCUGCAGAUUUGCAAAGAAAAUUAGCCAGAUGUUUUUAUUAGGGAUGCACCGAUUUGAGAAAUGUGUUCUGAUAUUGAUAUCUAAUAUUUACAGAAAUAAGAGUGAAAAUCUCUCUACACUGACUCACUGCAGCUGUUUGUUUAAAGAUUUGUUGUAAAGAUCAUUAAAAACGUAAUGUUUUAUCAUUUUGGGCCCAUUUUCUGGUGCAGGAGUGCAAAGAUCUGUCUGAUACUGAUAUGUUCCUGAGGUCAUCGUGCAUCCCUAAUAAACAGCUUUAUAUUAAUUAUGUUCAUUUUAAAGAGCUUUGUGUUCCUGAAUGGACUGUUUGUCUAGUACAAAACACAUAAACAUGUGCUGUAGUGUUUGCAGGUUGGAUGGAGCUGCGGUCACUCUGAGCCACCGUUAAAACAUUAAUAAUAAAGUAGAUUCUGAGAGGAAUUUGUAGAUUAGCUGGAGAGCACGUCAGAUUUUAAGCUUCUGUGGAGCUUCAGAAUAAAGUGUGUGCAGCCACUAAACUUCAGUGCAAUCUGUGCACAUUUGAAAUUCAACAGGAAAAAGUAUAAAAUGUACAUAUUUGAAAGCAAGAUUUAUAAAUAUAUAUAUUUUUGGGUGUUGUUUUGUACUCUUUGUAAUUAAAAAGCAAAUACA